AUAUAACUACGCCACGGCACCGCAUCCAGUUUCAAGUCCAAUAAAACGCAAACACAGAGGUUGAUACGAGCGCGUGCGUGUUACUCUAUCUCAAGGCCACGCUUCAUUGCAACAUCAACUCAACCCUCAACCACCCCCUUUUUCUCCCCAUUUCUACGCUCUUCGAUUUCAAAAUAACGAAACAAAAACGGCAGAGGGAAACGCAAGCGGUUGCGUUCGGUUAAAACACCAAACUCUACAGCCACCUUUAUCCGUUAAACUUAAAUCGUGUUUUCAUUUCCAUUCGCAUCCAGAAGAUUCUGGAAUCAUGUUGAAACCUCUUCCGGAUCGGGAUUAGAGCUCUAGGGUUUUCUUUUCUCGCUUCCUAUUCUGAUUCGGAUUCCGAUCGGAAAUGUCCGAAGCUAAUUCACCGCCCCGAACCUGCGCUUAUCUCGACGCGCUCUCUCAAGCCAUCCAUAAGAAGCUCCAGCGUGCGCUGGCUAAUUCCUCGCAGAGGCGCAAUCUGUUGCAGGAGCUGUUUGCAGAUAUAGCUUUGGAAGUGGAUGACCGAGCCAAAGAGGUAAUUGUCAACAAGGAAGAAGAUGCUAUUUCUCCCGCAGAGGAUAUCAAUGAUGGUCCGUUAUGCUUCUAUGAUGUGCUUGCUGAUUAUUUUGUUCAAGUGUCUGAUAGUGGAAAACCUAUCCUUGAAUUGAUUGUUCAACUUUGGAGCCAAUCAUUUGCUUCACAUAUCUUUGCCCUCCUGUUUCACAAAUGGUUAUUUGAAGUUCAUCUUGAUAAUCCAGAAGUGCUCCUCCGGUAUUCAUCUGCUCUGGUUCAAGGUGCCACAAACGUUUUCUGGAUUGAUAUUCAAACAAAUACAAGACGAUUCCAGUCUUUAUUCCGUUACCUUUUGGAAGAUGUUGCAUUAGACCACACUCGAUUGAAUAAAAUUCCUGUCCAGGCUCAGAGGGAUACAUAUCUUUUGCUCUCAAGGUUUAUUCUAUUUUAUAAUAAAGCUGACAAAAUAGAUAGCUUCUUGAAACAAUGUCCUGUUUUUCCAACUGCUUUCUUAAUUGGCGGUCCAGCAGAUAUAUUUGUUACUGAACUCACUGAUCAGCUUCAAAAGCUAAAAGUGGAACCAGUGCUGCUUCAUUACCUUUCAGAAAUUAAGAUCCUUCAGGGUAUGGAAUUGAGGAUGACUACAAGUACGAGACUAAAAACCUGUUUAUAUAGCUUUACCUCUCCUGGUGGUCCAAUGUAUCCUACUAGAGCUGUUCGUCAUGCUGCUUGGGAAGCAUUAGAUUUGCUUUUCCCGGUGGGACGUUACCCGCGGCAUCUUAUUAGUUUGUUCUUCAGGUUGCUUUAUCCAUGGUAUUGGCCUUCCUCCUGUUGGAAUUUUGUGAUAUCUUGCGUUCAGGCUGUCUUUUACUCCUUGCUGAGGUUUAUACUUUCUACAUGGGAUAAGAUUACAAAGCCAAAAUCACAGUAGAUUACCCUGUGAAAUGCCUAGCGCCUUGGCCCUCUGAUUUCUUUUUUGUCACCAGAGGAAAUUUGUAUACAAACAAGCUUGUUAAUGUGAUGUAUAUUUUGCUGACUAUGGCAACAGGAAGUUUAGAAUUCGAAGUAAUAUAACGUUAGGGAUAAGGACACCGAAAGCAGGAAACUGCAAUUGACUUUUCCAAUAUCGACAAUGUCCAGAUAGCACACCAUACAACAACGCAUUAUCGAGCUGAGAAAGAUAAACCCACACUUAUUUUAAUCUUAUAAUAAUUUUUUU